AUGGUGGGAUUAAGCCCCGGAUCGUCAGCGAGGGCGUGGCUAUGGCUGCUGGCACUUGGCCAGCUGCAGCCGGGCAACUGCCAGAUCAGGGUAAUCACGCCGCCGGAGCUCCUUGCGAAGCUUCAUAAGACCCAUGGUAGGAUCUCGGGAUCCACAGCCACCUUCGGAGCCCCCUUCUAUGGUGACACUGUGAAGGGUCGGCUGGUUUAUGGUAUCUCGAAGAACAAGGAUCACCACUGCACCCCGCAGGACUACGAUGUCCCGAAACCGGAGACUUUCGAGACGGAAGGUAGCAGCUACCGCAAGGUGAAGCUCCUAAACAUCAUUAUCGUGCGUCGGGGGAAAUGCUCGUUCACCACGAAGGUUAAGGUGGCUCAAGACAAGGGCGCCCACGCAGUGAUCAUUGUGGAUCGCGAGGACUCUUCCUAUACAGCCGAGGGCCUUGCGAACGUAAUCGUUGCUGACGAUGGCUAUGGCAGCGGCGUACACAUUCCCUCUAUCCUGAUCUCGAAGGAUGACGGGCAGCAGCUCAUCAAUACGGUCCAGUCUACGGAGGUAGUUAUCGAGUUAGCAUGGAAUGUGCCAACCGAUCACGUCGUCACAAUGGACAUGUGGAUGAGCUCGGGCUCCAGUGAGUCCAUGCAAUUCAUCAAGGACUUCGCCCCUAAACGAAAGGAACUCAAUCAGGUGAUGAUCUUCAACCCACACUAUGCCGUCUUCUCAAUGGAGAAGACGAACCCAGCGGUCUACUCGGGGGUCUGUCUCGACGAAGGCAAGUAUUGCGCGAAUGAUCCCGAUGGUGCCGGGGACGUGACAGGCAAAGAUGUCCUUCUUGAGGAUGUGCGGCAGCUCUGCAUCCAUGAAACUACCAAGGUCACCAGGGCGAGCAUGGAGGUUAUGCAGGGGCUCAAGAUUGUGGAGUAUGCAGAGAAGUAUUGGAACUACAUGGAGAAAUAUCCGAUCAGGUGCCCAGUAGAUGGUUCAGGAUCCAGCAAGUUCGGAGAAGAGUGUUCCAUCCAAGUCAUGAAAGAGGUGAACAUCGACUCUGACGAGAUCAUCCAGUGUGCGAUGACAACGAGGUGGGAGAAGCUGAAGCAGCAGCUUGAGAAUACGGCUUGGUCGGACCAGGCCAUCAGGGUGAACGGCUGGCGUUUCAGCGGCGUCGUCACCGCAGAUCUCGUUGUCCGCGCGGUCUGCUCGGGGUUCAUCCACGAGCCGACCGAGUGCGCGAACCUGAUCGAGUUUCGGGAUGUUUUCAAGCCCUACCAGGUUCCGGUGAGUACUGGCGUGAGCUUCGGGGAGUUGCUCGCCUGGCUCUUGGCCACCAUCGGCCUCGGCUUCGUCUGCAUGCUCAUGUACAAGAGGUACCUGAAGAGGGAGAUGCACAGCACUCUCAGGGAAGAGGUCAUGCUGGAGGUGCAGGCACAGAUGGGCGACUACGCUCAACUCCGUGGUGCGUGA